AUGGGCGGUGCAGCGGUUCAUCCAUCACAAAGACGAUUCUCGUGUGAGUGCUGUAGGAAAAUUAAGGCAAGAUGUCAACGUUUAUAUGCGAACAAUUCCAAAUGUGUGCGGUGCACGCUUCUCGACCUAGAUUGCAUUGUUGGACAACAAAAGAGAGUUGGAAGACCGCGACGAGCUGCAACUGCAGAUGCUGAGGCAGAUAAACACCGCAAGAAUCUAGGCUCAACUCUCAGUAAUCAGCAAGUUACACCAGCCAAGGUACACAACCAUGUCGCAAAUCCCACCACAUCUCAUGAAAAUCCUUCGAAUAAGGAAGGAAACCACCAGAAUUGGGGCAUAAACUUUCUCAUGGACACUCCAAUGGCUGCACUCGUUCCAACAAAUAAUGAAACAUAUUCCGGAGCACAAGUAUGGCCAGCUGUUGAUAUGAACUCUUUUGAUCAAAACUUCCUCGCGUGGGAUACUCCCAAUGACCUUGAUCGCAAUUUCUUCUUAUCCAACAACGAGUCGACCUUCAGCAGCGCAUCAUCAUCUGCUUCCCCGCUCAACACACCCCCCUCGACAGUCUCAUCGCCUGCUGGUAGCAAUCAUGGCGCCGAAGAAAAUAUCUCGGAGACGCUGCGCUCACCUCUAAUACGAUCUAUCACAACUUCAGAUGCCAUGGCUGAGCUUUCCAAAAUCAAUCUUGACUUGCACACCCGUAUGGUUGCUGUAGAUGCGAAUAGAGCAGCAUUAGAUUUCAACGGCAUCGUCUAUGAAAAAGGCCCACUGUUUAUUGAAAACCUUACGCUGGCUCAAUUCUUGUUAAAGGCAUCCCAAGACUUAAAACUUAUAUUGAGACGGAUUGUCAGCAGCCGGACGGCUCGCGGUAUGUCGUAUUCCACGCAAACAACAGAGACAAAUUUACUGGAAUCAUUAACAAUAUCAUCGCAAGCACACUUAGGGAAACCCCGUGAUCCAACAUCGUUUUCCUCAUCAAGUUCCUCCCCCGCUCCAGAAAUAUUGUUUGCACCUCUUGCUCUAACCAUCACAAGUAUUUUCACCCAACUCAUUACACUCUGCGAGCUGAACAUUGAGCUUAUGAAUACCCGCAUUGCGCAAAUUGCCACAAACCCCGUCGUAGACCUCCCAGGCCUCUCUUUAGGCAGCUUGCCUGUGUCAGAACCAUGCAUACAGGGAAUUGUCUUCUGUGAGAUCAUUGCACACAUAAUGGAGGGCAUCGAGCAAGCUCUAGGCCUCAAUUCAGUCUCUGGGGUGAGCGGAACUGGAUUGUUUUCUGCGAGACAAAAGGAUGUGCUUUGGAGCGAGUUGGACGGAAAACCUGGAAUUAUUCCAGGCCACGGUGUCAUGAGGCCUAUCAAUGUACGGAAAGCGUUUGGAAGACUUGCGGUGGUUCUUAGGCAAAUUUCUAUGGAUCAAUUGGUCAUGUGUCAUUGA